AUUACAAUCAGAAUCAAUUCAUAAUCUGAAAGAUACAAAUAAAGUGAAGGAGGAUAUUAAGCACGAAGAAAAUUGUAAAUGUUCAGAAAAACCUUGCUGCCAAUCUAAAUCUGAAGACGAAUAACGAAUCCAAUCUGCAUAAUCAUUUUUCAGUGUAGUCCUUUUCUUACAUUACCGCCUCCAUAAGUGACAUCAUUAGCAAAGGAAUCAAAGUUCUACUUAAUGAAAUAUGAUAGUCAAAUAUAUACAGUGAGAUAACUAUUUUUCUUUUAACAAAAGUAAACAGUAAUAUAAUUUGAAAAUGCCAAGACUACCGGAUCGUAUCGAUGUUAGGACCUGCGCAAAAUACAUACCACCUCAUCCUUGUGAUCCACCACCGCCGUGUGAUCCAUUAAAAAAGCCGGACGAAGAAUGCCCGCAGCCAUAUGUAUGUCUAGAGAGACUUAAGAAUCCAGCUUGGGAGACCGAAAUUACUAGGUGUCUUCCAGGGCCGUUUAUAAACGUGAAGGCCUGCGCAAAGGUGGAUCCUCCGCAUCCCUGUGACCUACCCGAACCUCCAUGCACUGAUGGUAAAAAGACAAAAAAAUCCUGCAACGAGCCCAUGCUCUGCUUUCAAAGAAUAAAAAACCCACAACCACAUAGACCAAUAAACUGUAAAGUUGAAGACGUCAAUAGUAAAAUUGACUAACUUCUGAAAUGUAUACUGAAAUUAUCCUUCUUAUUGAAAGAUUUAUUAAAUAAAUAAAACAACUUUCAA